AUGUUCGACCUCUUUGCCAUGCUCUUAUCCUCCGUCGCCUCCUUCCUAUUCCCCAUCUUCGCCUCCUACAAGGCUCUCAAGACGUCGGAUCCCGCUCAGUUGACGCCAUGGCUCAUGUACUGGGUCGUUUUCAGCAUCUGUUUGCUGGUUGAGUCGUGGCUAUCCUUUAUCCUCUUCUGGAUCCCAUUCUACGGCUAUCUCCGCCUGCUCUUCUUCCUCUACCUCAUUCUCCCUCAAACCCAAGGCGCCCGCGUUCUCUACGAGGAACAUGUCCACCCUUUUCUCGCAGAUAAUGAAACCAGCAUAGACGAGUUCAUUGCCAGCGCCCAUGAGCGCCUCAAGGCCGCUGGCAUGACCUACUUCCGCCGCGCCAUCGAGUACCUCAAAACCAACAUCCUGAACCUUCCUCCCUCGGAACCCGAACCCUCGCCGUCCCCAUCAUCCGCUGGGCCGCAGGGCUACACGCAGUCGCUGCUUGCGCGGUUUAGCGUCCCGACGACAAGAUGGGCCGGCACCGCCAACACUGGUAACGAGUUCUACAAUCUGUUGGCGAGCGCAGUUUCCGCCGCUGCUUCCAACGCCGGCGGGUUUGCCGGCAGUCCCGGCGGCUCGUCUGGCAGAAGCAUGACUGACUCGGGAACUCUGAUCCCCCCCAACCUGCGAGGCUCGGCCGAAAAGAUGAACUUUAUCGCUGCUCAGCGUGAGCGCCUCAAUAUUGUCUUGGGCGCCCUGGAUCGCGAGGCGCAGCAGAUUCAACGUGAUGGCACCGGAGCCUCUCACACCGUGCCACCCGGAGGCUUUGCGCCAACCGGCACACACGACAUGGACGACGACCAAGUUACUCAGCGGCCACCCAGUGGACUCAGCACGUUGAGUGCCCUAAGCAAGAGCCGCAGCGAGACCGACUUUGAAAAGGUCGAAGCCGAGAGCGGGGCGGAAGAUGAUGUGGCUCUUCGUCGGCGCAAUGUCCCGUCCGGCACGGCAGGAGGUUCCUGGAUGCCAUGGGGCUGGGGCGGCACUGGUGAUGCGACUCCUGGUCCGGGAGGGCCCAAGGAAGAUUAG